AAUAAAACCUCGCGUUGCUUCAUCCUCUCUAUUCCGUCUCGAAGUAGCGAAAGGUCGUUUAAACGUUCAGCUCGGCUCGGAAUAAAGACCGCCGAUCGUUAUAUAACCGGUCGCGUAAAUAGUCAAAAAGGAGAUAUUUAACAUACGUUUUCUACACUAUCUCGUUACUUUAGCUAUACUUCUACAUUUUGAAACUAAAACGAAAGACAACGGGGAAAUACGAAGACGUGUCGCUAUCGUGCUAACAAAGGAAACGCGUUUCUCAACAGGGAUUCAUCCUCACCAGUCUUUAGUUAUGAGUCAUGUGGCCGUCGAAAAUGUCCACGGUCUAGAUCAGCAGCUUGCUGUGCUAGACUUAAAUUCACCAGCUGACGGGCAAGGUGGAGGUGGCACAGGCAGGCGGUACAUUCCACCUCAUUUACGGAAUAAAGAAGCGUCAAAAAACGGUUACCCAAGAUGCCCUUCGCAGGACCUUUCUUUGUUUCAGGCCUACAGCAGUGGUUGGCCUGCCAGAUGUGACUCUCCUGGAUGGGACGGUGGGCGGAGCAAUGGCUUUGUGAAUGGAUACCAUGAUGGCAGGGACAGUCGCCUGAAUGGAGACCGUGGUUAUGGAGGACGCGGACCUUCCCGCACAGAUCGAGGUGGGCGUGGUGGGUACCGUGGCAACAGAGGCGGUGGCUCCUUUAACCAGUCCCAGCCAAUGCAAAAUGCAGGGUAUGGCGAUGGUGGCUGGGCUAUCCCCAAAGACAGAGACACCUACAGCAGCUUCGGUGGGCGUACCGACAGAGGGAAGUCCUCUUUCUUCGGCGACCGUGGGUCUGGCUCAAGAGGAAGGUCUGACAGGUAUGAGCGUGGGGGCUUUGGAGGAGGGAACAGCCGCUGGGUGGAGGACUCCAGAGAUGAGGAGGACUGGUCCAAGCCCAUGGCGCCAAACGAGCGUCUGGAGCAUGAGCUGUUCUCUGGAAGCAACACAGGCAUAAACUUCGAGAAAUAUGACGACAUUCCUGUCGAGGCCACUGGCACAAACUGCCCUCCUCACAUCGAAAGUUUCCAUGAUGUCGACAUGGGCGAGAUCAUCAUGGGUAACAUCGCUCUGAGCCGCUACACUCGGCCCACUCCUGUGCAGAAGUAUGCUAUUCCCAUCAUCAAGACCAAGAGGGACCUGAUGGCCUGUGCCCAGACAGGCUCUGGGAAAACCGCAGCAUUCUUGCUUCCAGUUCUGAGUCAGAUCUAUAACGACGGUCCGGGAGAGUCCUUGCGGGCCAUCAAAUCCGGCAGUCAGGAGAAUGGGAGGUAUGGGCGACGCAAGCAGUAUCCGAUCUCCCUGGUUCUGGCCCCCACCCGGGAGCUUGCCCUGCAGAUCUAUGACGAGGCCCGAAAGUUUUCCUACCGUUCCCGUGUGCGCCCUUGCGUCGUGUAUGGGGGGGCCGACAUCGGCCAGCAGAUACGUGACCUGGAGCGGGGGUGUCAUCUCCUGGUGGCCACGCCUGGCCGUCUGGUGGACAUGAUGGAGAGGGGCAAGAUUGGCUUGGAUUACUGCAACUUUUUGGUGCUGGAUGAAGCAGACCGCAUGCUGGACAUGGGCUUCGAGCCCCAGAUCCGCCGCAUCGUUGAGCAGGACACCAUGCCUCCCAAGGGCCUUCGUCAGACCAUGAUGUUCAGUGCCACCUUCCCCAAGGAAAUCCAGAUCCUCGCUCGGGACUUCCUGGAGGAGUACAUUUUCCUGGCGGUGGGCCGUGUUGGAUCCACCUCGGAAAACAUCACCCAGAAGGUGGUUUGGGUGGAGGAGAGCGACAAGCGCUCCUUUUUGCUGGACCUCCUGAAUGCGACAGUUAUUCCCACUGAGGUUCAGGAAAAUGCAAGUGAGACACCAGAGAAGCCUGGCAAGGAUUCCCUCACCUUGGUUUUUGUGGAGACCAAGAAAGGCGCAGAUGCGCUGGAGGACUUCCUGUACCGCGAGGGCUACGCAUGCACUAGUAUCCAUGGUGACCGUUCCCAGAGAGACCGAGAGGAAGCACUGCACCAGUUCCGUUCUGGACGGUGUCCCAUCCUAGUGGCUACGGCUGUUGCUGCUCGUGGGCUGGACAUCUGUAAUGUCAAACAUGUCAUUAACUUUGACCUGCCCAGUGACAUUGAGGAGUAUGUCCAUCGCAUUGGGCGUACCGGUCGUGUGGGAAACCUUGGCUUGGCCACCUCCUUCUUCAAUGACAAGAACAGCAAUAUUACAAAGGAUCUCUUGGACCUCCUGGUGGAGGCCAAACAGGAGGUGCCUUCCUGGCUGGAGAGUCUGGCCUACGACCACCAGCACAAAAGCAGCAGCCGAGGCCGGUCCAAGAGGUUCUCUGGUGGUUUCGGGGCCAGAGAUUACCGUCAGACAGCCGGCGGCAGCAGCAGCUUCGGUGGCCGAGGAAACCGCAGCAUUGGCGGUCACGGUGGAAGUAGGGGCUUUGGUGGCAGUAAGGGUGGCUUUGGAAACUUCUACGGCGGCGACAGUGGAUAUGGAGGGAACUACUCCUCCCAAGUUGACUGGUGGGGAAACUAGAGGCUCUCAUGAGGCUCGGCGACAUGCCAAACUAGCUGAAUGGAUACCACAUGUAACUUAGCCAGACUGCCCUUGUAGCUUCAAGAACCUGCAGUACAUUACCAGCUGUGAUUCUCUGACACUGUUCCAACAAGGUGGCUGAAGAUGGCAAGCCAGAGAAUCUGAGGGUCACCACUUAAACGAAACAUGGCUGCUGCGAUAAAUGCCUGGCAUCUUGGACUCCGGUCUUCUGCUGUAGAUGAAUUUCUUUCUUGUAAAUCUGAGGAUCAUUUCUCUGUUAAUGUACUGUGCCUUUGAAAUUAGACAGGAAUUUGUUUUGUCAUUACUGACUGUACUGCUGGCCUAAAGCUCAGUAGGAUCUUUUUCCCUUUUUUUUUCCUUUUUAAGGCAAAAAGCUUGUACUAAAUCAAACCUUGGCAAACACUGGGAUGUUAUGACUUGAGUGAGUCAUUCCAUUUGAACCUCAAAUUGUCACAGGGACAUCAGGAGGUCUGCAUUAGACUACAGCUCUCAGCUCAUGGAAUCAUCUUCAGAGCUGAAAUGUUGAUCCUUUGUGUGGCAACUAUCAAGGGAUGAAGAGUUCUUUUUUUGUGCUCACUCUAUCCUGGACAGGUACCUAUGAAGGAUUUGGUAUUCUUCAAAAAGCCAUUCCAGCUGUGAUCUUAAUUUGUGACUAACUUCUUAAAACAGGCCAGUGUUUGGAGACAAAUGCUGCAAUUAAUCCACCUUUUGCAAUUGACUUGAGUGCUGAGGCAGCUAGAAAAGUUCACAAUCUAGCCGUGAAGUGGGUUUUUUUUUGUUUUUGUUCUUUUAAAAAAACUUUUAUGGGGGGAGCAGUUCUGUUUAAACUCUACCAAAUCUCAGAAUCGCCUGCCAUAUUAGAUGUGACUCGUUGAAUGGCUUCUAAUGGACCACAGCGCUGAAACGGCCACGUGGAUCGACAUGGCCGCUUCGGUGUCCUACGCAUGCUGGUGUUGUUUUUUGGUCAAGGUGAUAAAAAGUGAGUUCUACAGCAGGCUUUAUAUUAGACAUACUCUUUGUUUUUCUCUUUUUUUCAAGCUGCGUUGAUACCGAAAGACAUUCUCGGCAGAAUCGAAGGCACGGCUCAUUCUUGGACUAAAACGGCUGUUAGAGAUUUCAGAGCUCAGUGAUGUACAUACAGAGCAAAUCAGUCUGCAGGGGGUGCAGUGGAGAGGGCAGUUAGACUGCUUUGUGCAGCAGCAUUUCAGGUGCAGAGGUUUCCAUUGUGAACUGGCUGUGUAUUCCAUGUGAACCGGCCAAAGCUGGGGCAGAGGGUUACUUUUCCCCCAAGGUACGGUAACACUCUGCUCCUCUGGAGUUAAUCUGCCAUUUUGUAGUUUAAAAAUGACUGAGAAGCUGCCUUAGGCUUAAUUUCCUAAGCAGGAAGUUGAGAUUUAGGGGGGCGUGAUGGCAUUUAACUUUAAGUGCAAUAGACUAAUUCUUUUGUGUGUUGUGCCUUGAAAUUUUAAACGAACUGAAUCGGAUGCACUGACAGUAUUGAGGUAACUAACGAAUGGUGCUAUUUCAGUUAGGUCUUAGGCCCUUUUGUGUCGUAUCCAUCACGUUUUACAGAGUUAUUUUAUUGCACACCUAGAGUUUUAUAUAAAUGUCUUGAGUGCGUGUCUUAAGCUUACCAAUAUUGUAUGUUGAGAUUGUGAAACGCAGCUUGUUUACAAAAGGGGAAGGUUCUUGAUAUUUACAAGGAUUUAUUUGGGACCAGGGGUGAAUAGCAGUUGCAAAUUUAGCUAUUUGCACACAGAUUUCUAGAUUCUACUUGUGCUGCUAGUUUUGUGUAAUUUAUUAAGCAUUUUUGAGAAAUAUUUAUUUUUAUAAGCCUAAAGUGAUUCUUUGAAAGUUUUGAGAAACUUGACCAAAAGACAGUACAUAAACACUGGCACUUGAAUGUUGAAUGUCACCCGUAUGCGUGAGACUUAUAUUUUGGGGUAGUGUGGGCUUUUUAAUGUCAGUCAUAUUGGACUCUGUCAAAAUCCACACCUGUCACUGGCCUUUUUGGCCUUGCAUUUCUAUGAUUACUUAAUUGGCAAACAAAAUUUGAACCGACAUGCCAAGGUUUGGAUAAGUUCUCAAACACAUUUCCUUAAAGUAUCAGUGCCGUGUCCAGGUUCUUCAUUCGUGAUUUUUGUUCAGAUUUUUGUUUCCCCAGUGAACGUCUGGCACAAGGCAAUCCUAAAACAUGUGGUUAUUCUAUUAUUGCAUUUGCAUAUUAGGUGUGUCUGGUGUUUUGACCUUUUUAAAUGAACAUUUAACAAGCUUCAGCUAUAGCAGUAAGUAUGACCAGCCUCUAAGAUGAACCAUGAAUGAUGUGGGGGGUCAGUAGUUUGAGGGGGUUUGAAGCUUAAAUUAAGUGUUUUUAAACGGAAACGAACGCCAGGUCUCCUUUAGGUUUAGUGUUUGCUUUAUGUACUAGUUUAGAAGCUAUGCACUGCAUGAGACGUCUCAGCUGUGCAUUUAUUGUAUGAUUUUAUCUGAAUAAAGUUUGGAAAAGAGACCUUAAGCAUGUUUUCUAAGACUGUUAACAUGGAGAGCCCUUUGUAGCAGCUCAGUGCUGCAGUGUAGGCAAAGUGAAAAUGCAGUAAAAAUCAGUUUAUACAAA